AUGCGCUUCACUGCUUUGAUCGGCUUUGUCACUUCUACAACGGCUGCUGCUCUGUCUGUCCCUGCCGGACCGCCUCAGCCUCUUGGUGAGAUUGGUUGGGAAGGUAUCGUUACUCCUGGGGGGCCGAUUGUCGAGGACAUCGAAUCCAAGAUUCGAAAAGAGCAGCCUGACUUCUCCAUCUAUACCAAGGAGGAACAGGCUAGCCCAGAGACCUCUACAGAUCCUACAGUUAUUUCUCGCGGUUUACUUGAGCGUCGUUAG